AAAAUAAAAUUAAAAAUUGAAUUUUCUUUUACCGACAAACAGAGUGGAUAAGAACUAGGAGCAACACGAAACCAGGUGUCGUGCUUCCACUCUGGUCUGGUCUUAAGACGCUAUUUAUUACCCAUGCCAUCAUUUCCUUUGAACUUCCCUUGUGUUGUACAAGGAACUAUAUUGUCUCAAAGGAAACAAUUAACUCAUGGAUGCCGAAACCAACAAUCAGAGGACUACAUAGUGCAGAAUAGCUGCAUGUCACAUUCUGAGAAAGCAUUGAGGAGGAAAUUUAUCCUUUCUGUUUUGGCCUCAACUGGUGUUUUCCCAACUCUAUCUUCUUAUGCUAAGACAAAGAGUAAGAAUCCUUAUGACGAAAAACGCUUGCUACUACAAAAUAAGCGGAUACAGAAAGAAAACAAUGCACCAGAGGACUUUCCAAACUUUAUUAGAGAAGGUUUUCAAGUUAAAGUAAUAUCAUCAGAUAACUAUGUAAAGAGUGAUUCAGGGCUCAUAUACUUAGAUUUUGUUGUUGGUCAAGGUGAUUGCCCAAAGGAUGGUCAGCAGGUCACUUUUCACUAUAUAGGCUAUAAUGAAUCUGGCCGUCGCAUUGACAGCACUUAUUUGCAGGGUACUCCUGCCAAAAUCCGCAUGGGUAGCAACGCAUUAGUUCCAGGAUUUGAGGAAGGAAUUAGAGACAUGAGACCAGGUGGGAAGAGAAGAAUCAUUAUUCCCCCUGAGCUUGGACCACCAGUAGGACCUGCCACCUUUUUCAGCUCAAAACAGUUUGAAGUUUUUGAUGUUGAAUUAUUAAGUAUACAAAACUGUGAAAGAAGGACCAUAGCUUUCUACUCGGACGUCAUAUGCAAUUGAGACAAGGCUGCCAUUUCAGCUUUUUGAAGCUUAACAACUACAGGUCUAAAGCACAGAUUAUAUAGCUAGGAACUUUAUUAUGAUUUUACUACAUAGAAACAGUAACUUCCCAAGCUUUAUAGCAUGUUUUGAUUCGUGUUUAAAUGCCUAUGGAUCCACGUUUAUUUCAACAUUAUUAGUUGAAGCUUUUGCAUUGGAUUCAUGUUUGCAGGUCUUCUAACAUGAAUCCACACACACUUUUAGCUUCUUGCUUUGAGGAAAUCAUCAUUCAUAAUUGUUAAGGGUGUAAUUUUUUAACUUUUUCUCAUUUUUAGGGUGCAUAUUGUUCAAUAAUCUUUAUUGCCCUGGUUUGUAAGUUGUAUCCACUGUCAAUCAUCAAUAACAGUACAGUAUUCAUUGUUUUCCAGAGAGUAGGAUCCUCUGGUCUUGAUUGAAUUGGAUGGCUAGU